AUGGGGUCCAUCCAGCGCUCAGCCGCUUUGCUUCUCUUCGUCCUCGGCCUCUGCGUUGGCCAGAGAGUAGUGCUGGUUCAGGAAGGACGUCUUUACCGGGCUAGAGGUUAUAACAUCACCAUCUGGUGCAAUGUCAGUGGCUACCAGGGGCCCUCGCAGCAGAAUUUCCAGUGGUCCAUUUACCUGCCAUCUGCCCCAGAGCGGGAAGUGCAGAUUAUCAGCACCAUGGAUCCCUCCUUCCCUUACGCCAUCUACACCCAGCGUGUGCGGAGUGGGGAGAUCUACGUAGAGCGGGUACAGGGGGACUCUGCCCUGCUGCACAUCACGGGGCUCCAGGACCAGGACGCCGGCGAGUACGAGUGCCACACACCCACCACUGACGAGGGGUACUUGGGGAGUUACAGCGCCAAGAUGAACCUCUCAGUGAUCCCCGACACUCUCUCCGCCACCAUGAUACCGCAGGCCCUCACCCUAGUGGAAGGAGAUCCGCUAGAGCUCACCUGUGAGGUGUCAAAAUCCACAACUCAACACACCCACCUUUCUGUUGCCUGGUACCAUCUCCAGGGAUCAGGAGAUGCUCAGGCCAUGGUGAUCCUUUCCCUGUCCAAGGAUUUCGUCUUGACUCCGGGCUCCUCCUACACGCAGAGGUUUUUGUCAGAUGUCCGGCUGGACAAGGUUGGGGACACCACAUACAAGCUGUCUAUUGGCAAAGUGCAGCCCUCUGACCAGGGCCAAGUGUACUGUGAGGCGGUUGAGUGGAUUCAGGAUCCUGGUGGGCCUUGGAAAGAUAUAACUCAGAAACAAACGGAAAAGACAUUGCUGACUGUCAGAAGCCGAGACAGAGAUUUCCAAGCUAAUAUUGCUGCUGUUGAAAGUUUCCUUGCAGAAGGGAAGCCCUUGCAGGUAAAUUGCUGUGUGAAAGCCCAGAAUAGCCAGAACCGAUGGUUCCAAGUGGUUUGGCUCUUCAAAGGAGUAGAAGUAGCCAGGAUUGACCCACAUGGGGUACUGGCCUUGAAGGAGUAUGAAGAGAGAGCUGCCUUGGGACAGCUCCAAAUGGUGAAGAAAAGCAAUGAGAUGUAUAUCCUCAAAGUAUACCAGGUGGGGCUGAAAGACAAAGGCACAUACAGCUGUGAGGUUUCAGAGAUGGAGAAGACUUCCACAGGUUUUUCCACCAUCCAGUCCAAGAUGUCGUCAGGCAUUGAUGUCAACGUGAAGCCAAUAGAAAGCCACAUGCAAGUGUCUGUGCUCAGCAGCGAAAGGCAGAUAGUGGAAGGAGACACCUUGAUCCUUCACUGUGAGGUGAGUGGAGCAACAAGCCCAUUCUCGGUGAAUUGGUGGCAUCUGCAAAAGAGUGGAGAUCAACCGGAGCACAUAGUUGGGAUGGAACGGGAUGGCAUGCUGAGGCCGGGCCCCUCCUACCAGGAACGCAGCGCUAAUAGGGACCUCCGACUAGAGAAGAUUAAUUCUACCACGUUCACCCUGGCGAUCUACAACACUUCAGCCACCAAUGAUGGAGGGUCUUACAAAUGUGAAGUGACAGAGUGGUCCAUGGACAGGAGCUGGAAACAGGCACAGGAAACAUCAGUAGCCAUUAACCCUCUCAGUUUGGAUUUGAGAGCCACACUGAUAAGCCGAACAGCAAAUGUCAAAUUUACUCAGGAUUUUGAACUGUUCUGCCAGGUCUCUGCCCCCUAUCUCAUCACCCCAGUGCCAGUAUCGGUAACUUGGCAAUUCCAGCCCAUCCUAGGGAUUAGUGGCUAUCAACAGCUGAUCAAAAUCAUGCCCAGUGGCACCAUCGAGUGGGGGGCUGCCCAACCUCACUUUCAGAGGAAGACCAGAGUCACACAAGCUGCAUCUUCCUCCCAACUUCUAAUCCACAGUGCCACAGAGCAGGAUGCAGGCAGGUACAGGUGUGAGGUGGAGGUCUGGAGGAGAAGCUCCCAGCAAGCACGACACCCAGCUAUGGCAGCAGCUGCUGCUGUGAUGUCUAACGUUGUGGAGAUAAAGGUCAAUCCACCAGAGAGCAAGCUAAGAGUAAACACAGAAGAUAGAUCCCUGGAGAUCUCUGGUAGCGCAGACACAGAAAUCGAAUGCAGUGUCACAUCACUGACCCAGAGGGAUUCUCAGUUAGCCAUUACCUGGUACUUCCUACCGCUUUCUCCAGCUGAUGCAGCCCCACUGCAAAUCGUGAGGACCAACUACAGCAACAUCCUGGACUACGGGGCAGAGUUCAGCUCUGCUAUGCAGAAAUCUAAAUUCCACAGUGAGAGGGUCUCCAGCGACCUGUUCUGGCUGCGUAUUCUGUCUGUGAAUCAUGGUGACCGUGGCAGGUAUUACUGCCUGGUAGAGGAGUGGCUGUGGUCAGCAGACCGUGGCUGGUACACACUUGGAAAGAAGGAAUCGGGAAAGACCAUGUUGGAGUUCAAGGUUUCAGAAAACAAGCUCCAUGUUGAAAAAACAAACCACAGCAUCACAGCCACUGAGAAUGAGGACGUGACCAUGAGCUGCCUCCUGCAGGGCCCCUCCCAACCAGCCUCUCUCUUCUCUGCCAUCUGGUUCCAUGGUAUGGAGCACUCUGGGAUGAAAACCCUGGUGAAAGUGCACACCAGUGGCAUGGUGGACUAUGCUGAGGAGGAGAUGGUGGAGAGGCUGCACCUUCGUCGCCCAUCCUUCGGUGACUUCAGCCUGACGCUGCGGAGCGUGGAGCCGGGCGACGCUGGGGUGUACUGCUGCCAGGUGCAGGAGUGGCAGCAGGACAGCGGUGGCGCUUGGGUUCAACGGGCGUCAGAACUGUCAGGGUACACGAGGCUCACUGCGCUGCCUCCAGAGUCAACAAUUUCUUCCAGGAUCUGUUCGUCUCCAUCACUGCUCCACUUCAUCCUAAUCUACCCCCUGAUUCUGUUCCUUGGCCUGAUAGCUGCUCUCCUCUACUUGUAUGUCAAGAACAGGCAAACCCACAAGGAAUCGAUCUAUCAAAGGAAAGAAAAAGAGCUGUGGGUGGAUUUGAAAGGGGCUGGAGAUGUUGAGCCCACUUAUUCUGACCAUAAUAAUCUGGAGGAAGAGAUGAAUAAUCUGAAGGAGGAAAAGAUGGACUGA